AAUCUCAGACUCUUUGCUUUGGCUCUCCUCGCCGCUUUGAAGUUUCGCCGUGGCGGAGGGAUGAUGCAUGUUCGCAUCGCGGUGAUUGGGAGAGAGCACGGGGGCAAUGAUGUGAGUGAUUAUAUUUUGAUUGCAUUGCUCACUGUGGUUGGUUGUACGUACGGACCGCGGAGGACUGCAGACCUGGACGACUGCAAAACUGGAGGACUGCAGAGCUGCAGAGCUGGAGAACUGGGGACGGCAUUGCUCACUUAGUACAAUAACCGGCACGUCGUCUGCCAGUCUGCUGAAACAGUAAUUUUUUGUGUGCCGUGUUCUUCGUUUGUUGUCGUUUGUUUUGUUCCCGCUCUAUCGCUAUCUUCGCCCCAAGUUCGCCCCAAGUCCGCUCCAGCUUUAUAGCCCACCACCACCAUCACCACCACCGCCGCUCACGUAUUCGCAUUCAGCUUUUGAUGGUAAUUUGCCAGGCAGGCGGAGGGCGGCAGGGCGCACAGUCGGAUGGGGAAACCUCAGUGAGAGUGCUUUUCCUUCCAUCCAGUCCAGAGUGCCAGAGUGCCAGUGCCAGUGGCAGAGCAGAGCUGAGCUGCUCCAGUGGUAGUGGUGGUGGCGAAGCCAGUGUCGUCGCCGGAGCUUAUAACGAGCGUAGUUCUUGCGCAGAGUUUAUUGCCGACAGUUGGCGCGAUCUUGUUUGCCGUCGCUUCUUGUCGCUAUCUCGUCCAUAUCACACAUCGCCAUGCCGCAUCGCCACCGUGCCCCCAAUGGAUGUUCCUUGCUAGCAGUUCCUCUAACUGUUCCCGCUUCUGUUCCUGCGACGGCACGCGGCACUGCUCCUCAAUACGGCGCAUGCAUUUAGGAUAUUCAUACGUGUGACGGACGAAUAAUACGGAGUGAUUAGCAAGUGCUUGAGUGCAUUCAUAAAUCAAGUUAGCCCGCAAAUAUGUAACACUGUGAUGUGCGGAGCAAAUUGAGCCGAAAACAUUGUGUAAUAAUGCCCCGGCCCUCGCGAGAAUCCUACGGCGAACAGAAGCCCCCCUAUUCGUACAUUUCGCUGACGGCCAUGGCCAUCUGGAGUUCGCCGGAGAAAAUGCUGCCGCUCAGCGAUAUCUACAAGUUUAUCACGGACCGAUUUCCGUACUACCGCAAGAACACCCAGCGCUGGCAGAAUUCGCUGAGGCACAAUCUCAGCUUCAACGAUUGCUUCAUCAAGGUGCCCCGACGGCCGGACAGACCCGGCAAGGGAGCCUACUGGGCACUGCAUCCGCAGGCCUUCGAUAUGUUCGAAAACGGCAGCCUGCUCCGGCGGAGGAAGCGCUUCAAGCUGCACAAGAACGACAAGGAUCUGCUCAACGAGGAGCUGACUGCCCUGGCGAACCUCAAUAGGUUCUUCUUCACCACCCGCAACGGAGGCAGUGCAGCGCACAUGUCGCCGCUGGACAUGAACAAUGCGGCCGCCAUGAGACUGGAUCCACUGCCCAGGAGCACGGCACACAUGCCUAAUUCCCUGGGUCCAGGUGUGCCACUGCCGCACGUAAUGCCCGCCUCCAUGUCCGGUGCGGAUCACACGAAUCUGGCGGACAUGGGACUGACCAAUCUGCCCGCGCUAACCAGUUCCGAGAUCGAGGGUCCGCUGAGCCUGCGACCCAAGCGAUCCUUUACGAUAGAGAGCCUGAUCACGCCCGACAAGCCGGAACAUCCGUCGGAGGACGAGGACGACGAGGAUGACCGCGUCGACAUCGAUGUGGUCGAGUGCAGCGGUAUGAGCCGCUAUCCCACAACGCCCGCCGCCUCCGAGGAGUAUCUGUCCGCCAGCCGAUCGAGCCGGACGGAGGAUCCCCUGCCGCCGAUGCACACGAUCAACGCCGGUGCCCACGUGCCCUUUCUGCACUACGCCACGGGCGCCAAUGUGGCCGGACUGCCAGCGACGGGAAUUCCCAGCAGCCCCACCACCUACGAGCUGGCCAUCUCGCAUCCGCUCUUCAUGAUGGCGGCGCCCAUUGCCAACAUGCACAACAUAUACUACAAUAAUGUUACCCUCGUCGCUCCGGCGCAGCAAUAUCGGAGCCCCGAGGUGCAGAAUAGAAUAGACAACGAUAUGCGUACGAUAUAGAUAAGUGGCAACAAGCAGGGUAGUAACGAAACACACCUAUGUACUAUAUAGCAUUAUUUAUGAACGAUAUAUGUAUAUGUAUAUUUAUGUAUGUAUAUCCAUCCAAACGUAGUUCCUUUUGUAUUAAGAUUAAUUGUAAUAGGACCAAAACAUAUGGUAUACAUUCAUAGGCGUAGAAAGGCUUGUAAAUACAAUUUUAUUAGCUUGUAUCACAUAUCCGUACUAGUAAAUUAUUUAUUUUAUUUCUAUCGAACCUAGUGCAUAGAUCGAUCCUUUUGUGAAGAAUAUAAACAUUUAAACAACUUAAA